AUGGAUGUGCUGGUGAAAGAUGUGAAGAAGGAAGCACCGUGGAAUAUGAUGUUUGCAGAUGAUGUGGUUCUUUGUGAACAGAGCAUCGACAGACUUGAGGAAAAGCUGGAGGAUUGGAGGAAGGCACUAGAAGAAAGAGGGAUGAAAAUUAGCAGGACAAAGUCAGAAUAUUUAGCACCGAAGGAUGUGCAGAUGAGGUCUUGCAAGAUCCAGGAUGAUGAGCUGAAAUCGGUCUGCAAAUUUAAAUACCUGGGAUCGUACAUACAGAGGGAUGGAAGACUGGAAAUAACAAAAGGAAAUUCAUCAAGGAAAAUUUCACCAGAAGCAGUUCAGACAGUUUACAACUUCAUAAAUAAUGUACAUAAGUAUGCCAGUUAUUACAGCCGCUCACAGAAUCCUAAUGAAGUGUACUGCGACCAUGACAUGUUGAUUUCAUUAUAUGAAGAACGUUAUUUGAAAUAUUGUGAAGAAAAUAAUGCGCCAGAAGUAAAAGUUUCGAAAGUAUGA